GACGGAUUUUUCAAGCGCAGGAACUAUGUAUAUUAAUUUGCCUACAAAAGAGAAUGACUUUUGAUAUUUCUUAUUUGUAGUUAUUUGAGAAAGAUUGUCUUUCUGUCAGUACCAAGCCCAGGAUUUCAUGAAGUCCGAAAUGAAUCUUUUGUGCGAUGAUGAUAGUUCGCAUGAGGGUCCACCGUCGAAAAGGCAGAAAACAGCUGAAAUCGACAGCGAUGAUUUCGAGAACAAAUUGACACUACCCAUCGCUCUUGAGCUCGGCGAAGAAUCUAGAGACCUUGAACUCAAACUUCUGACAGAAUGUCUCACCUCAGUCAAAUGCGAUAUUGCUCAACCAGCAAAAUGCCAAUGUCGAUGCUGUCUUUAUUCCAAGUACGGACACGUGGUUUUUGUACCGCACGACGGUCAUCAAGAUGGCGAGAGAGGUCCUGGAGAAAAAUGCGCGGAUUGCGUUAGUGUUGAAAGAACAGUACGAGGACAGUACGCAAUUGAGAUUUCAGAUCACUUGCCCCUCUCACAUGAAGUGCGACAUGAUCUUGCGUGCCAUUUUCGGGUAAUUAGGGAGAUUUUGAGUAAGAUGUUUUCGACCAAGAUUGAAGACAUGAGAAAAAGGAUGGCUCGGAUAAAAAUCGAAAGUAUGCCUGUCUUACAGGAAAAAACUUCAAUGCUGCUGAAAGAAAUCGUGGCAAUUAGUGGCCAGAUAGCCGAUCUAGGAAAGGAAGCAAGGCGUACAUUCACUACCGUGACGAGAACCGGGGAAAACAUAUCAGGAGCCCUGGAUGGUUCGUCGAUACUGCUGAAAGAAUAUAUGCCGAAACUUGUGCAUCUGUCGAAGGGAGAUACUGCUGGAGCAGAACCGUUGGAGGAGGAAGUGAAGAGAUCGAAGACUGACAACGCUAGAUUGGAGGCAAAGAUACAGCAGCUUGGAGGAGAAAAGAGCGUGGGGAGUGGUAUGGAGAGUGGUGGGACCUAAAGCGUUCCGAUAAAAUUCUUCACCUCGAACCGAAAAUUGGAUUCGUAAACAAGGGGCUAAACAACCUUCUAGAUUUAGAUAGAAGAAAUAACAAUAUUGUACA